AUGAGUAGUCAGCAACAAAUUAUGGUUUCCAGCAUGAGUAACCUCUCGCUAUCCAAUGACAUGUCACAGCAUACAGAUGAUCUGGAUGAUGAACAAAGUCGUCCAAAUUCUCCAAAAUUUUCACUAUCAUUAACCAUCCACGAACGUCACCAAACAAACAGCAACCAGGCGAUUGACAACAAGGUGGGACUAAAUGACCACAUAUCUUCCAUGACCACGAAAGUGGAUGAGAAAACUGAAAAUCUCAGUGAAUGGCAAAAUGAACGCUCACAAUCACGAUCCUAUGAAGAACGUGAGAAGAAUGACUCAAAUAACUUGGCUAUAGAGGAACAUCACACCGAAGAAAGUGGUAAUGCGAGCGGAGAAUCCACACAGGUACAAAUUAUGGUUUCCAGCAUGGAUAAGCUCUCGCUACCCAAUGACUUUAUAAAGAGUCCUCUGCGUUCGAAAUCGGUGGAUAUUGAUACCAUGGCACAGCAUUCAGAUGAUAAAAGUCGUCCAAAUUGUCCACAAUUGCCACUAUAA